CUGUCGUCGCGAUGCCUGCCAUUUUUUUGUCCAAAUAACCAUAUUUUUAGUUUACGUUUUUUCUCUACUCAAAAUCCAAAGUUUUAGUUUUCCCGAUAUGCCUAUAAACCCCCACACCAUCGAAUAAAAAUGCUUUUAAGGUGCUAAUGGCCAACCUCAGUUCGAGUCCAGUUUUGGAAGAAAACGUGGAUAAUACCGCGAACUGCUCCCAGAAACAAAAUGAGGAACCCGAAUGGGUUCUGGCAAGACAAGGGAUAAAUUUACUAAUAAAUAAUAAUCAGGCUGAGGCGGAGGCUUUAUUUUUAAAAUACCCAGACAGUUUGGUUAUGUUUGCUGGAUAUACUUUUACUGUAUUUAUGGAUGCCUUAAUGAGCUUUGAAGAUGAUAAGCUCUCAAAAGCAAUAUUAAGAUUAAAGGAAGUAGAAAAACGUUGCUCGAUACAGGCUGGAUGGAUAAAGUCAUUGUCGCAAAAAGUUUUUGGCACGCCAAGUACUGACACACAAUCUUUAGCGGAACAAUUGGAAACUCAAAUUAUAUUAGCAGAUUCCCAGGUCUGUAUAGCCAUUUUAACGUUCCUUCAACAAGAUUUAUCCGGCUACUUCAAAGGGGGAUGGGUGUUACGAAAAGCCUGGAAAGUUUACCAAAGAACUUACAAAGAAAUCCUGACCCUAUACAAGGGACGAGUGGGAGAGUUACAGCUGCCCGAUCCAAUAUUGAGUCCCUUGUCCCCACCUUCCCCUUGCACCCGUCAUUCCUCGGAUUCCGAAGAUGAGGAGACGAGCCCCUGGGACGUCCCGGAGCAGCCGGUCAACGGGUCAUCUCAACAAAUAGAUAAAACAGCCAUAAUGAGACUUAUGGAAGCGAUUUCCUUCGGAUACGGGCUUUUUCAGUUGGGCGUAUCCUUGUUACCGCCAUCGCUGGCAAAACUACUAAGUGUCCUGGGAUUCGCAGCCAACAGACAAAAUGGGAUCUCUUGUCUUAUGUACGCCAGAUUGGGCAUGGACAUGAGAGCACCCUUAGCAAGUUUAGCACUUCUAUGGUAUCAUACCAUAGUUCGUCCGUUUUAUGCUAUAGACGGUACGAACGUGCAAGCGGGCGUAGAAGCCGCGAACAUCCUGAUUCAAGAAUCGAAACAGGAAUUUGGCGACUCUGCGCUAUUUCUAUUCUUUGCUGGCAGAGCUGCUAGGUUGAAUUCUGACGUUUGCUUGGCACUGUCUUCCUUCCAAAAGGCGCUUGAGAACGCCAGCCAUCGCGAAAUCAAAAUGUUGUGCCUCCACGAAAUCGGGUGGUGUCAUCUGAUCGAACUGGACUACCAGAACGCGAAGACUGGGUUUUUGUAUUUGAAAAAUUGCAGCAGAUGGUCCCGAUCGUUUUACUGUUAUUUAUCGGCCAUUUGUUUAGGUAGCAUAAAAGACUAUGCAAAUUAUCAAAUAUUUAACGAACUUCAAGAAAGUACCGCUACCACCAAAAGUAACCAACUAAACGAAUUCCUGUCGCGCAGAAUUCGUUUUUGUCCAAAGGACGGCGAGAGCGCCAAACAGUACUCCGUCAUCUAUUUCAAAUUGCUGGUGUUCGAAAUGCUUUAUUUGUGGAACGCUUUGGCCAGCUGCAGUCUCAAGAAAAUCGAUUUAAUCAUUGAAGAUUGUAGCCGGGUUGAGUUACAACCGAACGGGGAGCCCAGAAAUGGAUUGGCGUAUUUAAUUAAGGGCUCCGCAUAUGGAAUACGUAGAAACAACAAAGUGGCCACGGAAUGCUUUCGAAAAUGCUUGGGGCAGAGAAGUGCCGAGGCAAAGAAUGCUGAAGAUGCUCAUAUAUCUGCUUUUGCUCAGUAUGAACUUGGUCAUAUUUUAAUUCAGGAUCCGCAGACAAAAGAAGAAGGAAAACUCUUAUUGCAGCAGGUGAGCCAGUAUGACCAGUACGACUUUGAGGGCAGGCUGAACGUGCGAAUACACUCGAUUUUGAGGCAAUUAGAUAAUUAAAUUUCAAUACUCACCGUUAUUUUUACAAAAGAAUUGUUACCACAUAGAGCAAUAAGCGCCAAUUUCCAACAUAUGGUGAUGGUUUUAUAAUACGUAGUUUACCUUUUUUUUAUAAGGUUCAGCAAAUUAAAUUAUUCGUCUUAUUUAAAAAAAAAAAUGACCGUCCAUUGAGUACCGCAAAUUAAAGAAAUAUGUAUCCUGGUUACUUUAUAUAAAAUAAUUAUAUUAUUAUUAUAAUAAAGAUUUAUAACAUAAUUUUCUGUUUAAAAAAAUAUAAAUAAUAAAGCACUUAUGUAAAUAAAA